AUGGGCUCGGUUGAUGUUGAGCGAUCCGAGAUACUCAUUGUUGGUGCUGGCAUAUUCGGUACAAGCACGGCCUACCACCUAGCAAGCACCCAUCCAAACCCUUCAGGCAUCACAGUGCUUGACCGGGCACCAUGUCCAUCUCCCAAAGCCGCAUCCUCUGACAUCAACAAGAUCGUUCGCGCCGAUUAUAGCAGCCCGUUCUAUAUGGAGCUCGCCUAUGAAGCCAUGAAUGCGUGGAGCAAUUCGUCGGUCUUGAAACCCUUCUACCAUCGAACAGGAUGGAUUGCGUUGGACGAAAAGGACAGCGACAUCACCGACCGAGUACGCACAAAUUUCAAAAAUAGUGGUAGGCCGGAUGAGUCCGAAGAUAUUAGUCUUGAGGAGGUCAAAAGCAGGUGGGAUGGAAUUUUAAAGGGCAUUGACACCACCGACUAUAGCAAAGCAUACCUCAAUCCCAGUGCUGGGUGGACCGAUGCAUCCCUCGCUACAGAAGCAAUGAUGCAUGAGGCCAUUUUAAAAGGCGUGAAGCACAUGGUUGGUGAGGUCGAAGAACUCGUCUCCUCUGGCCAUCGUCUUGAAGGAGUAAGGACGAAAGAUGGCAAGCUCUAUACUGCUGAUAAGAUCUUGCUUGCUACAGGUGCUUGGACGCCCUUGCUGAUGUCAUCGUUAGAGGAUGUUCUAGGCAUCGAAGAGGACCAGAGAAUCGAACGACAGAUCAGUGCAGCAGGGGUGUGUGUUGCUGCAUUCAAGCUGUCUCCGGAGGAAGCGGAACAUUAUGGGAAGUUACCUAUUCUGAUCUAUGGUGCGAGAGGAGAGAUGAUGCCACCAAAUCACGAACGAUUGUUCAAAUUCACUAACGCCAACACCUUUACCAAUUAUGAGACUCUGCCCUCAGGACGCAAGAUUUCCGUACCAAAUUCAAAGGAUCAGAGCUAUGUGCCUGACAAGCUAAAGGAGCAAUCACUAGAGAUUAUCAGAGCACGGCUUCCGCAGAUCCUUGAUAACGGACGAGUCCCAGAUCUAUGGCGGCUCUGCUGGGACGUCAUUUCCCCAGACCAAAACCAAUUGAUUACACAACAUCCUGACCCACGGUUGUCUAACCUAUAUUUUGCCACGGCUGGCUCGUUUCAUAGCUGGAAGUUUCUACCGAUAAUUGGCAAAGACGUAGUGAACGUUCUCAAAGGUGAGUCGAAUGGAGAAGAAAAGGCCAAGGCUUGGAAAUGGAAAAGUACUUGGUCAGAGAGAGGAGCACAUGAGAAGACUCUUCCAAAAGGCGAUCUGAAGGAUUUUGAAUAA